UGCUGGUAUAAAUUCAUUAUUAAAUUUACUUGCAUUUACUUAGAAUAAGAAUGUUACUUUUAAAUAAUACUUCCCAAAUAAUAAAACACUAUAAAAAUUCAACAAAGGGAUUAUGGGGUUAUGUUGCAAUUGCAUUUAAUAAAGUAGAUGAAAAUCGUUUAAAGUUGGUAGGUCCUAACCGAUUGUGUGCUGAAUGGGUGCUGAAAAAUGGUGGUGCAGUAUCAUUUUCCGUGAUGUCAAACAAGUACAUAAAGGAUUAUAAUUCAUUGCCUCCAGAAAAUGUGAAAUUUAAUAUUAUUGGAAUUGAUGCAUCUAAUUCGUCAGUAAUGAAAAUUGGUUUUGACCAUUUAAAGGGAUGCAAUCAUGUUGAAAAAAUCAUUUUACACAAUUGCAAACACCUUGAAGAAGAUGGAUUAGAGGGACUUAUUAAUGUGAAAGAUAUUUUAAAGCAUCUUCAAGUAUCCGGAUGUUACAACAUAACAGAAUCAGGUCUUAGUGCAUUAAAAGUUCUAACGAAAUUAGAAACUUUACGAAUUUUUGACAUGAAAUAUGUUCAAAAUCUGGAAAAGGUGACAAGUGAAUUAAAAACUAGCUUAAAAAAUUGCAAAAUUACGACGGAAUAAUUACCGAAAAAUUCAAAUUUGCUAAAAAAACCAUGAACAACGAGGGAACGCAAAAUUAUUUUCAAUAUGUAGAUACCUACCUCAUUCACCGAAGAAGAUAUAUUAACUUUAAUAGAUUUUGUCUAAUGUUAUUUGCCAUAACACUGAAUCUAUUGAGUUUUCUUUGCCUAGAUUUAGUAUUCAAUUGUAUAAUCUGAGAAAGAUCUUGUACACCAAUUUCCGAAUUGUGUUCAUAUGCAUGUAGUUAUUUGUAUAUACAUACAUAUAUAUAUACAUAAUUUACAAAUAAUAUAACAUUGCUAAAAAAACAUUGCGGAAUAUUAAUCUUACAUCGAAAAUUGGUGUACAUAAUUACAUAUACAUACAUACAUAUAUUUGUAUUAAUUGCAUAUUGAAAAGUCAAACUAAAAACAGAUUUUUGUAUAAAUAAAUAAAGUAAAAGUAAAA